AUGCCGCCCCGGUGUCCUGGUCCAUCUCAUCUGCCCCUGGCACCAUUUCUUUACCCUGCUCUCUUCCGGCCCCGAUAUGCCAGCUCUUCUCUCCUUCGAACGGCGUUAAGCCGGCAAUCACGCCAAUCCUCUUCAUCGUCAUCAGCUUCAUCGUCUUCUUCACCUUCCAGCCUCAAUGAUCUCCCUGAGUCACGGUUGAACCCUGCUCCGGAUGAUUACGCAGCCCCAAGCUUCGCUGACAAGGCUGAUCUAACGCUCUACGCCGGCCGCGGCGGCAACGGCUGCAUCUCCUUCCACCGAGAGGCUUAUUAUCCCGAUGGACCUCCCAACGGCGGCGAUGGUGGCAUUGGAGGCAACGUCUACAUUCAGGCGGCCCACGGCGAGACUUCGCUGCACAAACUUGCCCGCAGACGCUUCAUCCGCGCCGGACGCGGGAUUCACGGCCAGGGAAGCGGCAAGAGUGGCAUGCGCGGAUCAGACGUCGUCAUCACCGUCCCAGUGGGCACCAUUGUGCAAGAAAUUGAGCGUCAUGACCCGGCUGCUGAUGAGGACAUGGCUGUAAGAGCUUUUCAGGCGCAGAAGAAGCAGAGGCGGCGUGAGCUUUUGGCACAGCAGCAGCUACAGACGGAAGUGGAAGAAGAGGAGGAGGAGCCUCAAGAGACAGACCGGCACUCAAGGUGGAAGAACCCUGAGGAUGACUACGACCCAGAUGCUGAUGAUCCAGAGCGUGGCAAGUGGCUGCUCUAUCCUGGCAUGUCCAAAUCCGAUGUCAAAUCAGCAGAGUUUCCCAAGCUCCCCAAACGAACUCGUCUCUUUCAGCAGCCUCCCCCGCCAAUCUAUCUCGACCUCUCCAAACCAACACCAACGCCCAUCCUCCUAGCUGCAGGUGGCAUUGGCGGCCUUGGAAACCCGCACUUCACCUCACGACAACACCCAAAGCCAAUGUUCGCCACCAAGGGCGAUGAGGCCGUUACUCUCAAGAUCUCACUAGAACUCAAGCUUCUGGCCGACGUAGGCCUCGUGGGCUUGCCCAAUGCCGGGAAAAGCACCCUCCUACGAGCUCUUACUAACAGCCGUACACGGGUUGGCAACUGGGCCUUUACAACCUUACAACCGAACAUUGGCACCGUCGUCUUGGACAAGUAUUCCGGCCGCCCCAGCGUCAAAACCUCUCAACUCACCUCUGACGACGGCACCGCCACCGGAGGCCCAAGAACGCGCUUUACCGUUGCAGACAUCCCCGGUCUCGUCGAAGGAGCCCAUCUCGACCGUGGCCUUGGUAUUGCCUUUCUGCGCCACGUCGAGCGCGCCGGCCUCCUUGCCUUCGUCCUCGAUCUCAGCGCCGGCAACGCCGUCAAGGCCCUACAGUCACUCUGGCGCGAAGUCGGCCUCUACGCAGAAAUGCGACAGGACGAAGAGCGCUUGCGUGAGAUCGAGUCCCGCGUCGACUGGGACCUUGUCUCCCAGGCCAGCCGCGGACCGAUCAACCUGAUGGGCGCUUCGUACGGAACGCCUCUGCCGCCGAUUCAGGAGGCGCAGACGACGAAGGCUAUCACUCCGGCUUUGGAAAUCGCUGGCAAGCCGUGGUUUGUGGUCGCUACGAAGGCUGACCUGCCGGAGACGCGAGAGAAUUUCCAGGAGCUGAAGACGUAUCUUGACAAUGUCACUGAGGGGCGAGAAUCGCACCCGAGCGGUGUGGAGGGAGCGUGGACGAAGAAUUGCGCUGCUAUUCCUGUGAGUGCGAUUAAAGGAAAGGGGGUCGAUCGCAUUGUGCACUGGACUGUUGGACUUUUGGAUGAGUAG